AUGGUUCGUACCGUUCUGGUAGGGUUUUUUGUGGCCGCGGCCGUGCUGGCCUCACCUAUUGGUAAGUAAUUAAAUUAUGUGCGGGAACAAAGCCGAUGACCCUAACCCGUUGUUUGAGUUGGGACAGUCCUUUAUGUUGCAGAUCUCAAGUAAUAGCGGUUCUCGUUUUCAGACCUGUCGGUCCAAGAUGGCAACGGCCUGAACAUCCCAGACCCAGUGGAAGUUGACAAGAGCAAUGAAAAAGCCUUUGAGGCCUACGAUUUCUUCAAGACCUCGCUUGCCAAGAGCGGAUCGUUGAAGGCUUCUCCUUGCGAUGACUUCUACAACUACACUUGCCAAAACAUGGACCUCAGCAACUAUUUGGUCGGCAUGGAUGUUCAAAACAGCGAGUACGUCAUUCGUGGUUUGAAAAAAGAGAGAGUAAGUUGCCAUCCUGUUACCGUAAUUCCAUUUCUGACGUGCGUUACGACCGAUUCUUUUUCAGGACAUCCAAUGGUUCAAAACUAUCAAAAAGGAGUUUGAUGCUUGUGUUAAGCGUCAAAGCUCCCGCCUCUCCAUGCACCAAAACGGCGCCGUGUUGAGGAAGAUCUUUGACAAGGUCAACAUGGAAUUCGGCCCGAGCUUCCCGCUCUUGGAAAAGAUCGACCCCGCUGCGAUCGACUCCAGCGUCAUCGGAGAUUUUGUUGGAUUCUUGGCUCAAAAGUUCCGUCUUCAUACGUUCUUGGCCUACGAAAUUGAGGGUGGACGAAUCCUUCUUGAUGAGCCCAAGCUCGCCUUCCCCGAAUCCUACUUUACCGAAGCUUUCGGAGAAUUCGAAGCCGGAUACAAGGCCUCCAUGCGAGACUAUCUGACCCAAUUGUCACAAGCUUUGAAGAAACCGAUCGACACUGUCACCAUGAACAAAGUCAUCGAUGAAGUUGUUGAAUUUGAAAGAGGACUUGCCCAAGCUCUCAGCCAGAUCCCACAAGAGGUUUCUUCUCUUGUUGGAGCAGCUGAACUCAACUCUAACGGAAAGGCGAUCAACGUCAACGCUUACCUGGCCCGAAUUACAAAGAACGCUAAGCGAAGCGACCUGUUGUCCGCUCACAAUGUCCAACUCAACUUGGCUGCCCCAACCAAGAUGGAUGUUCUCCAGGCCUACGUUGCUCAAGCAAAUCCUGAAACCGUCAUGAACUACUUGAGCAUCCGUCUGAUCAGAAGCUUGAGGAAGUACUUCGUUAAGAAGCCAGUUGAGUCUGUUGCUGACCAGUGGCUCAGAGAACAAAGAGGCGUCAAGGUUAUGGGAGUCUUCCCUCCACAGCCAGUAGAAGACGAAUUUGGAGACGGCACCCCCGCCGAGAGGAGCUGUGCCUCAUCUCUUUCAUACCGCUACCUCAACCAAAUCGACCGUAUCUACUUGGACGAACAACUGCCCGACCUCAACGACAGAAAGGCUUUCGUCAACAGAAUUGCCGUCAUCACCAACAAGAUCAUCAACGGUUUCCGCUUCCAGGUUGACCAACUUUCUUGGUUCAGUCCUAAGGUCAAGGAGGCCGCUUACAAGAAAAUCGAUGCCAUGCUCUUCAACGUUGUCUAUGACGACUGGAUCGAAAACGAUGACAUCUUGAACGAAAGAACCCGUUUGGUUGAUGACAUUGAUGAGAACGACGAUGACUUCACUGCCAAUGAAAAGAUGGACGACUUUGCACAGGCCCUUGAAUGGGAAGGUCUUGUGGGAGGUGGCCGUGACCAGAACUUCAGUCGUUCUAUCAGAACUGUCAACGCUUGGUACAACUUCCGUCUGAACCACUUCUACAUCCCUCUCGGUAUCUUGCAGCGACCAAUCUUCGACGUCAACUUCCCCGCAGCCCUUCAUUACAGCAGUGUUGGGUACAUUGUUGGUCACGAACUGACUCACGGCUUCGACUCCAACGGAGUUAACUAUGACGACCAAGGCAACCCAAACCCAUGGAUGGACGCUUCAUCGAAGGCCAACUUCAAUGAAAUGGCGAAAUGUGUCAUUGAUGAAUACACCAGGCUCCACAAAAGAGGAAGGAUGACGCAGACCGAGGAUAUCGCCGACAAUGGAGGUCUCCGUGCCUCCUGGAAUGCCUACAAGGCCGAACAAGGUCUUUAUGGAUCAGACCCUCAACUUCCGUCAUCUCCAUCCAACAAGUACACACAGGACCAAAUCUUCUUCCUCGGGUUUGCACAUGUUUGGUGCUCCAACAAGCCCAAACAAGACUACGGAUUCGAUCCUCACUCGCCGCUCCUCUACCGAGUCUGGGGUACCCUUCAGAACUUCCCUGCUUUCCAAGCCGCCUACAACUGUCCCGUCGGGUCAGCCUAUGCUCCAAAAGAACACUGCGACGUUUGGGCUUCGGAAGUCAAGAUCUAA